GAAUGGCUUUUGAGCAGAGCAACAAGUUCAGCUACGCCUGUAAAAUAGUCAGUGGUUAUUUAGCAUCCUUGACACUUAAAGUGGUAAAAGAGGGAAUAAAGAAGAAGCAACUUCUUUAGCAACUCAUGAGAAAAGAACAUAUUGGAAGUGUUCAAAGGAUGAUAUAGCAUUACACUGCAUUUCCAACAUUGGAGGAAAAGAAGCAAUCUGCCUGAAGCUCUCAGCUCUUUGGGGUUACCAACAAUGGCAUUCCAUGGUAGAACUGUCUCCUUUUUCUUCUCAAUCUGGGUGGCAAACUUCAUGACACAAGGCACAAUUCUUCUGAAAGAUAUUCGCACGUCAAACUGCAGAAUUGCGGGUAUAACAGUUGCUGCAGAUAAGAAUAAUAUUCAUUUUAAUUUUAUUGAAGCACAAUCAGUUUGCAGGCAGCUGGGAUUAAUGGUAGCACCAGAAUCCAAGGUUGAAACUGCUUGGAAGCAUGGCUUUGAAACUUGCAGUUUUGGCUGGGUAGCAGAAGGCUAUACUGUAAUUUCACGGAUAACUCCAAAUGAAAAAUGUGGUCAGAAUAACACUGGGAUUCGCACCUGGAGAAUGCACUUAGACAGGAAAGCUCGUGUUUAUUGUUACAAUUCUUCAGAUACGUGGAUUAAUUCAUGCAUCCCGGAAGAAAGCACAGUUGCAUUAACAGACAGUUCCACUGAGAUGAACCCCACUUUAACAGCCUCGUUUCAGGAUACCUCCACAGGGGUUGACACAACUCACUUACAACAAACCCAAAAGCCCUCAAAAUAUCGCAUCAUAUGUGUAACAGAAACUUUACCACCCGAACCGAUUCCCGAGAAGGAAAAUCUGCUUUUCACUGAUAAACGAACUGCCUUUAAAAAUGAGGGUGUCCCAUUUGGAGCUGUACCUAUCGUGCUUCUGGUGCUUGCCCUCUUCUUCUGUACCACUGCUAUGGUUUUAGCUGUCUGCUAUAUCAAAAAAUACAAGAAAACAUCUCUAUUUUCAAGCAAAGAGAAGAAAGAUGAAAUAGAAACCAAGAACAUUAAAGAACUAAAUGCAAAAAACCAACCUCCAGAGCUGGGCCUAAAGAAUGGAAAAAAGGAAGAAGUGGAAGUCAAGUCUGAACCAUCAGUAAAAUGUUUGGAAGCAGAAGUUUAAGGCAGAGCAUCUCAAUGAACAGAUGCCACAUGAACAAAUGGCUGGAACCAACAGUGUAUACAUUGAUAAUUGUAUAUAUUGCCAAAGUCAGUAUCAGAAUGUCAUACAAAAAUUUCAUACCUCAUAUAUGUUAGCUUAUACAUUGUCAAUAUAGGAAUGAUUGUCCUUACAGUAAUAUCUAUACAGCUCAUAUUUUCAAUUUUGUUACAAGCCUUUUUAGGGAGGAAGUGAUAUUUUCCCAAAACAUGAAUUCAGACAUGCAACUCAAACAAACAUAAAAUUC